ACUGAGGGAAUGGAAAUAGACUACCGAGCAGAGUACUGGUGAGAUGCGAUAAUGCCCUUCGUAUAAACACCCUAAAAGCCCGCACUGGUUCUGACACCCUAUCGCGCUUCAUCUGAGCCCGUUUUCAUCUGAACCUGCGUUUCUUUUGCGUGGAUAUUCCAUUUUAGGUCAAGCAUUACCAAUAGACUUGAUUUUUUCUGCGUUUAAGCGAGAGAACGCACGCCAAGCAAGAAAAGGACGAGCGACAUUCGUGCGUUUCCAGAACUGUGAGGGGCAUAUUAACUUGCCUGAAUUUGACACGGGGCAAAGUUUAUGUCACCGGCUCGGGUUUUAGACAAGUUGGAGCGAAGCACAAUCUCGUCCACUGAGAUUACCAUCACCCUAAAAUACGCCUUUUAAAUGAGACUUUUAGUUUGGAGAUGAAGUCCUAAUUUGCAGUUGAAGGAAAAGCAGAGACGAAAGUGACUCGACUCGUGCCCACAAGAGAAACGCAAGGGAAGUGCGACUUUACCAAGGAGAAACUGGCAAAUAUUUAUUUUGGAGAGGUUAAACUGAAUUAGAGGAUUACCUAAUUUGCUAUUUUUAGACUAAAAAUAUUUUUACCAGAAGAAAUGGAUCUAAAGUAUUUCGGCUCCGCGGUACUUUUCCCAAUACAGAUGUUUUAUUACAUACUUAAAGCAAGCGUGUGCAUGUUGCUACCGAGCAGACGGAAAGAUCUGAGCGGCGAGGUCGUGCUGAUCACCGGCGGAGGAAGGGGCAUCGGUCGUCACCUGGCAAAGGAGUUUGCUAAGCAAGGAGCAAAAAAGGUGAUUCUGUGGGGCCGCACGGAGAAGUGUCUGAAACAGACCUGCGAGGAGAUCUCUCUCACGGGGACAGAGUGCCACUACUUCAUCUGUGACGUGGGCAACCGCGAGGAGGUGUACCAACAGGCCAAAGUGGUCAGAGAGAAGGUGGGGGAUGUCACUAUCCUGGUGAACAAUGCUGCCGUGGUUCAUGGGAAAAGCCUGAUGGACAGUGAUGAUGAUGCCCUACUGAAAUCACAGCACAUCAACACGCUAGGACAAUUCUGGACCACAAAAGCCUUCCUGCCGCGCAUGCUGGAGCUGCAGAACGGACACGUGGUCUGCAUCAACUCCAUCCUGUCCCUCUCCUCCAUCCCCGGCGCCAUCGACUACUGCACCUCCAAAGCCUCCUCCCUGGCCUUCAUGGAGAGCCUGACGCUGGGGCUGCUGGACUGCCCCGGGGUGGGCUGCACCACUGUGUUGCCCUUCCACACCAACACCGAGAUGUUCCAGGGCAUGCGAGUCCGGUUUCCCCAGCUCUUUCCACCCCUGGACCCUGAGAUGGUGGCCCAGCGGACUGUUGACGCGGUCCGAAGCAACACAGCAUUUGUCUACCUGCCCUGGACCAUGCAUGCCCUCGUCAUCCUCAAGAGUUUUUUGCCACAGUUUGCACUGGAGGAAAUCCACAGGUUCUCAGGAACCUACACGUGCAUGAACACUUUCAAGGGGCGGACAUAGGUGGAGUGACGGGGGGUUUGAAAGCAGGGAAUGUUAAAGACAGUAACACUCGAGAAACUUUAACUUACUGGACAACGCAAAGCUGGGCACCCUGGAAUGCCACUCAAGUUCGAGCUUCAGGAAGGAGACAGUGGGGAAAUCCCACGUUGCACCAUGGCAGUGCAUCUCCCGGACACGUCGUUCUGAUUUGCCGUGAUCCAAUGACAAUGACUUGAGCAUUAUGUAGUUGCUGUUGUAAGGAACUUCGAUCCAUAGACAUUUACCUCCCCCACUGCCUCUCUCUUCUGUCGAAGGGUCUCGAACAGUAACCUACUGGCAGGUGGUGGAGGGAUUGGAACUGACCAUCCAUAUGCCAACCUAGAA